AUGGAAAAGGUCAUACCGCCCAGUGUAAGACCUAAACAGAGGAUGGAAAAGGUCAGACCGCCCAGUGUAAGACCUAAACAGAGGAUGGAAAAGGUCAGCCCGUGUAAGACCGAGGAUGGAAAAGGUCAGCCCAGUAGGAUGGAAAAGGUCAGACCGCCCAGUGUAAGACCUAAACAGAGGAUGGAAAAGGUCAGACCGCCCAGUGUAAGACCUAAACAGAGGAUGGAAAAGGUCAGACCGCCCAGUGUAAGACUAGCAAAGAAGGAGGAAAAGGUCAGACCGCCCAGUGUAAGACCUAAACAGAGGAUGGAAAAGAGGAUGGAAAAGGUCAGACCGCCCAGUGUAAGACCUAAACAGAGGAUGGAAAAGGUCAGACCGCCCAGUGUAAGACCUAAACAGACAUACAGCCGCAGACCGCCCAGUGUAAGACCUAACAGAGAGUGGAAGGUCAGACCGCCAGUUGUAAGACCUACACAGAGGAUGGAAAAGGUCAGACCGCCCAGUGUAGACCUAGAGGAUGGAAAGGUCAGACCCCAGUGUAAGACCCAGAGAAAAGAGGAUGGAAAAGGUCAGACCGCCAGUGUAAGACCUUGA